AUGCGACCGUCUUCCACCACGUCUCUCUUUACUCCCCUGCGUAUUGCCAAGGGCGUCUCUGUGCUCACCCAUGGGGCGAUGGCUCUGCGGAGAGACCAGGGGGCCACCAGCCGGUCGCAGUACGCCGGGAACUGCCAGAGCGACGGCAACCAGACCCACAGAGUGCCAGACAGAAUCAGAUACUUCACCAACAUCUCCAUCGGUGGGCGGGAUUACUCCUUCAACAGUGACGGCUACCUGUCCAACCCGCUGCUGGACGUCAUCUCCUACACCAAUGGGAGAGGUUGGGAGGAGGUUGGCUGGUGGGAAAAUGGCCACCUGCGCCUUCGCUACCAUCCUUGGUCCCGUUACGGCUCUUUCCUGAAGCCCCUGGAUGACUCCCAGCACCUCAGGGUGGUCACGCUGGAGGAGAGGCCCUUUGUGAUCGUUGAACCAGCUGACCCGGGAACUAGCUCCUGCAUCCGUGACUCUGUCCCCUGUCGCAUGCCCGUCAACUCCAGUUUGGUGGUGGACAGCACAGGACCCAUGAAGCACUGCUGCAAAGGCUUCUGCAUCGACGUCCUGAAGCGUCUGGCUAAAAUCGUGGGCUUCACCUACGACCUUUACCUGGUGACCAACGGGAGGCACGGGAAGAACAUCGACGGGGAGUGGAACGGCAUGGUCGGAGAGGUGAGGAGACGACUGCUGGAAUAA